AUGGCGCGAAAAUCUGUCUCCUCCUCCGCCAACGGCAACGGCAAUGGCCACCUGCCUACAACAGCACAAACGUCUUCAGAGGGACUCCAAGCUUCAAACCACAUCCCCGGCACAACUCGUCAACCCAACGAAGAUGGAUUCGACUGGUCCCGCCCGUCCUUCCAACGCCGCGCCCUUCCCUUCGACCCCUCCCUGCUCCCCCAUGGCCGCCGCUCCCUCUCCUCCAUCGCCCUGCAGUCCUUCACCCUAGGCCUCACGCUCGCCGCCUGCACUCUAAACACGGCCUACCUUCUUUUCGCCAGGAGCACGCUAUGGCGCUUACCAGCCUUCUUCGCCUGCCUGAGUCUCUUCCACUUCCUCGAAUUCUGGACAACAGCGCGCUUCAACGCCCCCCAAGCGCGAGCAUCGAGUUUCCUGCUCUGGAGUAAUGGGGUGGCGUACAACGUCGCGCACACCCUCGCUACCGUCGAAAUCAUUGCCUCGGCGUUCAUACCAUGGUAUCAGCAAUCCUUCGUCAACGCCUACACGAUCGCUUUAGGCGUCGGCCUCGUGGCUCUAGGACAGAGCGUCCGGACGCUGGCGAUGGCGCAAGCGGGUACGAAUUUCAACCACACCCCCGCCAAAACCAAGGAGGAAGGGCAUGUGCUCGUUACAGAGGGGGUGUAUCGGUGGUUACGGCAUCCGAGCUACUUUGGGUUCUUCUGGUGGGCGUUUGGGACGCAAGUGUUGGUUGGGAAUAAGGUUUGUGUGGUGGGUUAUUUGAUGACGCUGUGGAUGUUUUUUUGGAAGAGGAUUAGAGCGGAGGAGAUCACGCUGGUGGAUUUCUUUGGGGAGGACUAUGAGUUGUAUCGGAAGCGGACGGGGACUGGGAUACCGCUCAUACGAUGA